AUGAUGAAUAAUACAACUGAUAUCAUAGUAGUUAUGAAUUUUCUUACUUCUAUGGAUGAAAUAUUAUUAUCAGGAAAGUCUGAUGAAGAGGCUAUUGACGACUCAAUGACCUUUAGCAUUCAGAGUGCUGCUUCUAUUUCUAACAUGGCUUAUCAUUUGCUUGCUAGAAUAAACAAGAUUCAAGAACUGAACACUGAAAAUUCAUCUCUUCGGAGAAUGCUUUAUGAUUCUCAGCAAGAGGUUGAAAACCUUAAAAAGGAAAAUAGUACUUUGUUGAAACUGGUGAGUUCAUACUCCGUAGAUACGUAG